AUGGCGGACGAUAUGGCGAGCCGUUACCAGGUGAUGGAGGAGUUGGGAAGUGGUAGUUUUGGCGUCGUCUACAAAGCGAUUGACACCCACACUGGCGAGAUUGUCGCCGUCAAGCAUAUCGAUCUUGAGUCUAGUGAAGAUGAUAUUCAGGAGAUUCAGCAGGAGAUUUCCGUCCUAGCCACCUGCGCCAGUGCGUUUGUUACACAGUACAAAGCCAGUUUCCUGAAAGGGCACAAGCUUUGGAUUGUCAUGGAAUACCUAGGAGGCGGAUCUUGCCUAGACCUGUUAAAACCAGGGGUAUUCAACGAGGCACAUGUCGCGAUCGUUUGUCAACAACUACUACAAGGUCUGGAAUACCUACACGCCGAAGGAAAGAUUCAUCGUGACGUCAAGGCUGCCAAUGUCUUGCUCUCGAAUACAGGAAAAGUGAAGCUGGCAGAUUUCGGCGUGGCUGCGCAGUUGGUCAACAUCAAGUCUCAGCGCAACACCUUUGUAGGGACUCCGUUCUGGAUGGCACCAGAAGUGAUCCAGCAGGCUGGCUACGAUUUUAAGGCAGACAUCUGGUCUCUGGGUAUCACUGCGAUCGAAAUGAUCAACGGCGAACCGCCUCACGCUAGCACCCACCCGAUGAAGGUCCUGUUCCUUAUCCCGAAGCAGCCUGCACCCCGCCUCGAGGGCAGUGAUUACAGUAACACUUUCAAGGACUUCAUUGCGCAGUGCUUGACCAAGGACCCAGAUCGCCGACCCAGCGCGAAGGAGUUGCUGCGACACAAGUUUAUUCGAAAUGCGGGGAAGACUGAGGCCUUGCAGGAAUUGAUUCAGCGCAAGCAAGACUGGGACGGUGGUCGGGGAAUCACUAAGGACGUGAAAUACUAUGCUGAGUCUCUCAAUACUCUCACCAAGCCACCCCCUGCCGAGGACGAUGAGGACUGGGUCUUCGACACCGUGAAGGCGCCGACGAUGUGGGUGCCGAAGGGCAAGGACUGGUCUACACUUGAUGAAGAGGACGAUGAUUGCGACCCAGCCGAAUUGCUACAGGACAUGCACAUUUCCCAACAACCGCCACCGCCCCCGAAGCACCAGCUCAAUUCCACUAUCCAAGCCAAUUCGACUGUCCGACGUACUCCGACCGUUGAGCGAUCCGCUGAGCGAUCUCCUUCGAUUCGGCGCGCAAAUACGAAGCGCCGAUCUAGUGGCGUCAAGCAGCCUCUGGGUCUAGAUUUGAGCUUUGGCAACAGUCCGUCUACUGUUCGCCAAUUCCGCCGUGUAUCGGAUAAGGUCCCGAACGAAUCUACCCCUCCCAAGGUCCCACCGGGCUUUGAUGAGAACACGAGCCCCAAGGCCUUGUCUUCUGAACCAACGAGCAAAGAGGCCCAACUAGGACGGCGUGCCUACAGCCGGGCUAUCGGCAUGUCCUGCCAAGAAGUUCUUGCUACCACUGGAGACGGCGAGAAACGCGAGGCCAUUUCUCGGCUGGCCGAGGCUUGGAGCGACCUAGAGAUGGUCGAUCCCGAGGGCCUCUACCACAUUAUCAGAAGCAUGAAUGAGAGACUUCAAGCCGACCCACGCCUCUCCACCUUGAUCCCCGCAACGCCCCCUCAACCGGACUCUCCGUCUCGUCCUCGCCUGGUGCUAGCCCAAAACAACCCGCACCUCAAGAGCCACCGUCGCCGACAGUCGACGCAUGGAGUCGACGUUGUACCUCAAUCUCCGCCUCGCUCCAGCAUGCCUGGCCAAAACGUACCUGGCAUGGAACACACCAAACAACUGUCCGAUGUACUCUACCAGCGCUGGGCGGAGGGACUCCGCAACCGUUGGGGAAUCUAA